AUGUCAGGUUUCGAGAUCGCCGGGCUGGUCCUUGGAGCGUUCCCCCUCUUGCUCGAGGCGGCGAAAGAGCUCCGGGGCGUCUUCCGAGAUGUGAGGACGUGGUGGAAAUUCGAGAGGGAAUUCGAGGAUCUCAUAUCGUCUAUUGAGAGGGAGCAAAUUGCCUUUUCCCUGAACCUCGACGUCCUCUUGGCACCGUUGGACAUCAGCGAAGAAGAACGAGAGGCAAUGCAGUUUGACCCAAAUUCGGUUCUCUGGCACAGUCCCAAGAUUCAAGCCGAGCUCAAAAGACGAAUCCAAGCUCGGUACUUCCCUUGGUUCAUGAGGGAGCUUAAAGAUAUCGAGGAUUCUUUGGAGGAGUUGAAAGACCAAUUGCUUUCCAGAAUAAGAGACAAGAAUGACGCACUCUGGAGGUUCCUCGACAAGGCCUCUAACAGGAUCCAGUUAACUCCAUCUCCAAAACAAGGAUCUGGUGCAACCUCGUUCACGGCAGUCCAGGAACACGCACAAGCUCUGUACCAAUGCUUGCAACUGCAGUGGUUUUGCACCUGUACUCAAAACCAUCCGUGUGGUAUCAAAGUCCAGCCAAGCGAGGGUAGAAAGGAUGACGAGAAGGCAUAUCUUCAAGUUCUCUUCGAUGACAAUUCCUGCCGCACUCAGUUGAAAGUGAUGGUGGAAUCACCUGCGAUCGAGAGGCCACGGACGGUAGAGCGGUACAGACCGGACGACAUUUCCGAAUUAUCCCAGAAGAUGUCGAUCAAAAACCGGCUCAAGGAGCGUUUCGGAUUGAAAGGGUCAAAAGCAGUUCCAUUGUUGGCAGUCUCUAGUGUCCUGACAGCGAACAAUAUUCACCCUGCAGAUUUUGCUCUGGACGAAGAGCCUAAAAAAAGCCGCGGAAAACUCUCGAGACUCUCAAUACCGGGUUACUCGAGAGAGAGGAGAUCUGCUUCACCGACUAGCACCAUAAGGAGCUCUACAUCUAGAGGCAGCGCUUCAGAAAUUCAACGGGCUCCAUCCCCGACCGCGGCCCCGGCCCCGGCCGCGGCUCCUCCUAAUCCUCGGCGGGUGCGUUUUGCCAAUGACCAACCCGAAAACUCUACCCACCUUGAGCGUAAGAAUGCCAAGGUUAUCACCGACCUCUGCUCUACAAUUCGGUGCCAAGACAUGGACUGCUGCUUAGGCUUCCUUCAGCCAGACCGAGGAAACAGACUCUUCAUCUAUUUAGAUCCCCCAGACCAGUCCGAACUUCAGGACUGCAGGUUAGAAUCCGUAGAAAGCUUCCUCAGCAAUACGCCCCGGAGGGAGACGCGUAUUCGCCUUGGGCUAUCGUUGGCCCUUAGCCUUCUUUACUUGGGCCCAACGCCAUGGGUUCCGCCGUCGUGGACCAAGACGGAGCUCCUUGUCCUAAGAGGAAGCGGUACGAGCACUGAGAAACCACAGCCAUACUUCUCCCAUGCCUCGCUUCCCAGAACACUGAAAAAACGGCCGGCCCAGGCCGGGACCGCAGCAGCACUAGCACGGGAGAGCCUCUUCAAACUGGGCGUCGUCCUCUUGGAACUCGUGUUCCGCGACACCUUAGAAAACCAACACUUUAGGGCCGACUACCUCGACAAAAUAGGCCAGCCCAACGACCUGACCGACCUUUGCACAGCAUUGAGGUGGCAAACUCGUGCAGAGGAAGAGUUUGGCUUUGGGCUGGCGGAUGCAAUCCGGAAGUGCAUUCUGUGCGCGUUCGAUCCGACGCCGGACUUGGGGAAUUCGGCAUUCUUGCAGGCUGUGAGGCAGGGUGUUAUAAGUCCUCUUACCACGUUUUUGAAUAUGUGGAGUUCGGGAGGAUUCUGA